AGCGGUGCUUUCAGCGUCCCCUGGGCGGCGCGGGGCUCGGUGGAGGUGGGGGAGGGGGGACGCUCGCGGAGCUGCACGGCGCGGGGCCAGAGGGAGAGCGGCUGCCCACUGCCCUCUGCUGGCCGCGGGACGCAGUGGCCGGCGCCGGGACGGACCUGGAGGUGAAGGAGAGAUCUGGGACACGGCGCUGAUCAGCACUCCAGUGGGAGAAACUAACUUUCCGAGAGGAAUGGCGUCGGAAAGAGGUGGGAGGGAUAAUGAAAAAGAAAUGGCAAGUCUUUUGAAGGCAUCAUCCUUAACUGUCAGGACAAAAUUGCUACACCAGUCAGCACUUUAUAAUACAUCUCAUGGCUUCCAUGAGGAAGAAGUUAAAAAAAAGCUAAUGCAGUUUCCUGGUGGAUCUGUGGACCUUCAGAAAGAAGAUGAUGGCAUUGGCAUUCUUACUCUGAAUAAUCCAAGUAAAAUGAAUGCUCUCUCAGGUGUGAUGAUGUUACAACUUCUGGAAAAAGUGAUUGAGCUGGAAAAUUGGAAAGAAGGGAAAGGAGUCAUUGUCCGUGGAGCAAAAAAUACGUUCUGCUCAGGAUCUGAUCUGAAUGCCGUGAAGGCACUGGGAACUCCAGAGGAUGGCGUGGCCUUGUGUAUGUUCAUGCAAAACACCUUAACAAGAUUUAUGAGACUUCCUUUAAUAAGUGUUGCGCUCAUUCAAGGACGGGCAAUGGGUGGAGGAGCAGAAUUUACUACAGCAUGUGACUUCAGAUUAAUGACUAAAGAGAGUGAGAUCAGAUUUGUCCACAAGGAAAUGGGGAUAGUACCAAGCUGGGGUGGUGCUACUCGGCUGGUUAAUAUCAUCGGCAGUAGACAAGCUCUCAAAGUCUUAAGUGGGGCCCUUAAACUAGAUUCAGUGAAAGCUGUGAACAUAGGAAUGGCUGAAGAGGUCUUGCAGUCUUCAGAUGAAAAUGAAUCUCUACAAGAGGCACAAGAGUGGCUAAAGCAAUUUACCAAAGGUUCACCAGAAGUAAUCAGAGCUAUGAAAACAUCUGUGUCGUCAGUCAAGCAGCUUGGUUUUGAGGAGGCACUACAGACUGAGAGAGAUCUUGUAGGCACAGUUUGGGGUGGACCUGCAAAUUUAGAGGCGAUUGCUAGAAGAGGAAAAUUUAAAUAACUUAAAAAAAUAAGUAUAAACUUUGGUAAUUAAAUGUAUUAACAGUUAAAAGAUGUUAAAAAUGUCAGAUUUUGAAGUAUCUUUCUGAACUAUUAGACUUUCCAAGCAAUGGUAAUUGUUAUAGGUAUCUGAACAAUGGUAAUAGUUAACUGAAUAUCAUUCUCAACAAUGGUAAUGGUAAUAGAUAAUUGAAUACCCGCACUUACUGAUCGCCAAGUUUGCAGUAUAUUUGGGUCGCUACCAAGUUUUGGUUAAAAAAUAUAAAUUCCUUCUUAUAGUUAUUAGACUAUAACCAAAGAUCUUAUUGUUUACAAAGUCUAUUCCUAAUGUUAUUUUUUCAUAGAUUUUAUCCUGUCUUAUAAAUAACUUUCAAAAUAAUGAAUCUUGUAAGUAAAGAACAAAAAUGGAGAGGCCAGGUGAGGGAUAAGAAGUCAUUUUCUUCUGUUAGAAUAUUUAAGUCCUAGGGAAUGGUACCUGAUGCCUCCUUUCUUUACCGUUAACUCCUACAAAUUUGGAGCUUUACUAAUUUGAUCAUUUUAAUAAUUUUCCAUUUGAAUUAUGAAUGAUAAUCAUAUGGCGAGUCUGCUAUAAACUGGUAAUUUGUGCACUCUGGAAUUUUUAAAUUAGUAAUUAAGCACUAUUUACUGUAUCAAGUUUAAUUUUACACCAGAACUGCAUAAGUCUUCAAAGGGACUCAUGAAGCAGCUUAGGUGUCUGCGUUUAUACCAGGUUUCUGUUUUGUGAAAUAAUCUUUUUCAAGUAAAUGUAAAACUCAUAAUGAUUGCAGUAACAUUUGAAAAAAAAAUGUGAUUCAUUAGGUUCUAAUUCUAACCUGUCACCAGAAGAUAAUUUCAAAAUAGUGAUAGCUUUUCUAUACUACUGUAACAAUCCACAUCUAAAAAUAUUAAAAAUUAUUUGCAUAAAUGCUUUAUCA